AUGAUAUAACAAAUUAAAUAAUACAAUAAAUUAGAAGAAUUUUUAAACUCUUCACUAUAAUCUCAUUAGGUUGUCCAUAUUAAUCUGAGUAGCAAUUAAAUUGGAGAUGAGGGCGCAUUAGACUUAGAUUCUGCUUUAGCAAACUGCACUAAUCUCUCAAAUUUGACUCUUAAUCUUGAGAUGAAUAAAAUUGGUGUAAUUGGUGCAUCUGGCUUAGGUUCUGGUUUAGCAAAGUGUACUAAUCUCUCAAAUUUGACACUUGAUCUUUGGGGAAAUUAAAUUGGUGAUAAAGGUUUACAAGCCUUAGGUUCUGAUUUAGGAAAGUGCGUUAAUCUCUCAAAUUUGACACUUAAUCUUAGGGGAAAUUAAAUUGGUGAUAAAAGUUUAUCAGUCUUAGGUUCUGGUUUAAGAAAGUGCACUAAUCUCUCAAAUUUGACACUUAAUCUUAGGGGAAAUUAAAUUGGUGUAAUUGGUGCAUAAGAUUUAGGUUCUGCUUUAGCAAAUUGCACUAACCUCUUAAAUUUAACACUUAAUCUUAGUAUGAAUUAAAUUGGUUAAAUUGGUGCAUCCAACUUAGGUUCUGCUAUAGCAAAUUGUGCUAAUCUCUAAAAUUUGACACUUAGUCUUGAUUACAAUUAAGUUGGUGCAAUUGGGGUAUCAUACUUAAGUUCUGCUAUAGUAAAUUGCGCUUAACUCUCAUAUUUGACACUUGAUCUUCAGGGAAAUUAAAUUGGUGCAGAUGGAGUAUCAGACUUAGGUUCUGCUUUAGCUAAUUGCUCUUAACUCUCAAAUUUGACACUUAAUCUUGAAGGAAAUUAAAUUGGUGCAAUUGGGGCAUCAAGUUUAGGUACUGGUUUAGGAAAGUGCACUAAUCUCUAAAAUUUGACACUUAAUCUUUGGUAAAAACAGUUUAUUUGUUUUGAAUUGCAAUAUUUUUAUUUAUAAAAAUGA